UGUUGUUCCAUUUCUCUGUAGUUUUUCCUCCCCCUUUUUUUUGCUUUUUGUUUUUUUUUUUGGCUUUUUUGGCUUUGUGUUUCAAAAUUUGAGCUCUCUCAAGAACCCAUCUUUGUUUUGUUGGUGCCCUUUAAUUUUUUUUUUUCUUCACUCUUUUAUUUAAAAAAAAGAAAAAGAAGAAGAAGCAAAUGAAAGCAAUUGAGUGGCACAAUUAAGCCAAUUUUGUAGCUCAAUUUUGGAGGCAUGGGGUGUUUCAGCUUCAGGAAGAAGCAGAAGAGCAGGCAAGAGAACAAGAGUGGGCCGACAGCUGCGAAUACGCCGGCUCCGGCCUCGAACAUUAGCACGAGCCGGUCCGACGAUUCGGGCGCCGGCCAGCCGACGAGCAAGUCCUCGGCAUCUAAUUCGUCGCAGCGAAGCAUACCGGCUUUGUACGAAGAGAGGGCUCAGAGGCUCCGCGCUUUCGAGCUCGACGAGCUCAGAAAUGCUACCAAUGACUUCAGUAGGAUGCUUAAGAUCGGAGAAGGCGGUUUCGGGAGUGUUUACAAAGGUUUCAUUCGUCCCCCCGAUGGUAAGGGGGAUAGGAUCGCAGUUGCGGUAAAGCAACUCAAUCAACGCGGUUUGCAGGGCCAUAAGCAGUGGUUGGCAGAAGUUCAGUUUCUUGCGGUAGUUGAGCACCCAAAUCUCGUGAAGCUUAUUGGAUACUGUUCUGUCGACGGUGAAAGAGGGAUCCAAAGGUUGCUGGUUUAUGAGUACAUGCCAAAUAGGAGCUUGGAAGAUCAUUUGUUCAACCGGAAUUAUGCACCUCUUUCUUGGAAUUUGAGGCUACAGAUCAUCUUAGGCGCCGCAGAAGGAUUGGCGUAUCUGCAUGAAGGUUUAGAAGUUCAGGUUAUAUAUCGUGAUUUUAAAGCAUCCAAUGUUUUGCUAGACAAGGAGUUUAAGCCAAAGUUGUCCGACUUUGGCCUUGCGAGGGAGGGACCGACAGAAGGAAAUACACAUGUAUCUACAGCGGUGGUAGGGACUUAUGGAUAUGCGGCCCCCGACUACAUCGAGACCGGACAUCUCACUACGAAGAGUGACGUGUGGAGCUUCGGUGUGGUUCUCUAUGAAAUCCUCACGGGCAGGCGCUCGUUGGAGAGAAACCGCCCGACAGGCGAGCAGAAGCUUCUAGAGUGGGUGAGGCAAUAUCCUGCUGAUGGCAGGAGUUUCUUCAUGAUACUGGACCCAAGGCUGAGACAUCAGUACUCUCUUAAAGCCGCAAGGGAAAUAGCGAAGCUCGCAGAUAGGUGCCUUGUCAAGAACGCCAAAGAACGGCCGAAGAUGAGCGAAGUCGUAGAGGUCUUGAAGCAAGUCGUAGAAAUGGAGCCGACGGAAGCGAACUCUUCUAGGGGUGAUUUGGGUAAGGGGAAGAGAACCGAGACGGCGCAUCCGAGGAGGUGAAACCUUUAUAACAGUCGAAGUUUCUUUCUUUUUUCUUUCCCCCCCUAAGUGCAAUAAGAUGAAAAUAUGUUUUUGAUUUCUUUCUAUCUUUCUUUCUUUCUUUUUGGUUGACGACAGUAUAGCUUUACUGUUCUUAUUUCUCAAGAUUCGGAAAGUUAAAGAGUAUGAUUGUUCUUGUAAGUUUUCAUAGAGUCCGCGGUACUGGAUGAUGGUUACUUUUAAAAUCAAGGCUAUUAUGCUUAUUGAUGUGCCA